ACCGUGCGGACGCAAAUUACGAAUCCCUGCUCCGGAGCUGCUCAAUACUGCGGCGAAGACCCGUGAGCUACCGUGUGAAUCCCUCCGCCUGCGUGAUCGUGAUCGUGACUGGCUGUGUCGUGGCUGUGACAACGCGCCCCGAAGCCGAAGAUACGAUCCAGCUCGGUUACUGACAAACACCCCCCAAACCCGGUCCUGGCCUGGCGAUGGAUCUGCGUGUGAGCGAAGAAACGGCCCACAACAAUGAGCUCACGAUGACGGAUGAGCGCAAAAUCACCGACACGCCGGUGAUGGAGUUUUACCGCGACAAGUGUGUCCUGAUUACCGGCGGCACCGGCUUCAUCGGUCGGCUGCUGAUCGAGAAGAUGCUGCGCAUUAACGUGCGACAGAUCAUCCUACUGUCGAGGCCGAAAAAGGGUAAAACGGUGCAGGAACGGUGUGACGAUCUGUUCGGCAGCAUCGUGUUUAUGAACCUGAAGAAGGACUAUCCGACGUUUAUCGAGCGGGUCAAGUUAAUGGAUGCUGAUUUGCAGCAUCCGGGGCUGGGGAUGUCGGAAGAGUCGAUCGAAUACAUUGUCAACCAUGCGCAAAUCGUACUGCACGCCGCUUCGGACGUGCGAUUCGAUCAGGCGCUCAAGAAGGCGAUCGAGGUGAACGUGCGGGGCACCCGAGACCUGCUGCGGAUCGCCGAGAAGAUCGUCAAUCUGGAGCUGUUCGUGUACAUCUCGACCGCGUACUCCAACUGUCCGCAGUCGGUGAUCAAGGAGCAGUUCUACCCACCACCACACGACCCGGAACGGAUGAUCCAGCUCGUGGAGGCGAUGGACGAACGAUUCGAGCAGCAUAUGAACAAAACGGUGAACGAUUUCAUCCUGCCGUGGCCGAACACGUACGUGUUUACGAAGGCACUGACCGAGGACGUCGUGCGCCAGUACGGCGAGCUGUUGCCGGUGGCCGUUGUUCGCCCAUCGAUUGUGAUCGCCACCAACGAGGAACCGAUCGGAGGCUGGACGGAUAACAUCUACGGGCUGAAUGGUGUGAUCGCCGGCGUCGCGCUCGGAAUCAUCCGCAUCAUGCGCCUGGACGACAACAAUGUGGCCGACAUCAUCCCGGCCGAUAUCGUGGUGAAUGCGGUGCUGGCGGCCGGAUGGCAGACCCAUAUCGAACGUUUUAUCUAUCAUCACCUUAGGAAACACGAGCGGCCCGUGGCGGCGGCCCAGUCGAACGGGGACGUCAAGGGAGUGGCGAAGCAGCGCACCAAGAUCUACAACUGUGUCACCGGAAACGACAACCCCAUCUCGUACCAGAAAAUCUACGAAUACUCGAUCGAGGUCGGGAAGAGCUGCCCGCCGAAGAAGAGCCUGUGGAUCGUGUGCCACAACACGACGCAGAACAAGUACGUCUACGAGUUCUACAAGCUGCUGUACCACCUGUUGCCAGCCUUCCUUAUCGACACGUAUCUGCGGGCGACCAGGCGUACGCCACGAAUUAUGGAUAUUUAUCGAAAGGUACACAAAUUCGCCGAGGUUAUCGAGUACUUUGCCAACGGGCGAUGGUCGUUCGAGAAUGAAAACAUGCGAUCCCUGAGAGAGAGGCUUUCUCCAGACGAUCAGAUAAUGUUCCCGUGUAACGUGCAGAAGCUCGUGUGGGUUGACUACUUCUGGACGUACAUCCAUGGUUUGCGGAAGUACAUCGCAAACGAACCGAUCGAUAACCUGGACGAGGCGAUCAAGCGUCACAAGCAGAUGCGGAUACUUCACUACUUCAUCCUGGCCGCGUACUACUCGGGGAUCGCACUGAUCGUGUUCUACCUGUGCAAGGCUGUAGGGCUGCUGCUGUUUUGGUUGACAUCGACAGCGAGAGGCCAGUUCGACAUGAGUUUGCAGGAAUUUGAGAACAACGCGUCCCCGGUGCGGGAUUUCUACCGCGGCAAGACGGUGCUGCUCACCGGUGGCAGUGGCUUUCUGGGAAAGCUGUUCAUCGAAAAAUGGGUUAAGUGUGGUGUACGCGAGAUUCUGCUACUUCUCCGGUCGAAGAAGGGCAUCAAUCCGGAGGAUCGCUUGAAGGCGCUGCUCAAGAAGGAGGCCGUCUUUGUGAACUACGCCACCCAGCCGGACCUGUACCUCGGGCGGAUGAAGGUGAUCGAGGGGGACAUCAGCAAGCCGGGGCUGGCGAUCAGCAACGAUGACCUGGAGUACAUCCACAGCCACGUGAACAUCAUCCUGCACUCGGCCGCCGACGUGCGGUUCGACGAGUCGCUCAAGGAGUCGGUCGAAACGAAUGUCCGCGGGACGGAACAUCUCUUGAGGAUCGCCGAACGGUGCACCCGGCUCGAGGUGUUCGUACACGUGUCGAGUGCGUUUUCGCAGUGCGUUCACCAGCAUGUGGAAGAGAAGUUUUACCCCGCGAACGUCGAUCCGGCCCAACUGAUCGCGGUGAUCGAACAGGAAGAGCGUCUGGAGGAGUUCGAGGCGGUCUCGAAGAAGAUCGUCGAACCGUGGCCCAAUACGUACGCGUUCACAAAGGCGCUGGCAGAGGAGGUGGCGCGCCGGUACAAGACCAAACUGCCGGUGGCGAUCGUUCGCCCAUCGAUAGUAACCUCCACCUACAGCGACCCCAUAGCGGGCUGGUCGGAUAACUUUUAUGGAUUCAACGGUGUGGUGGUCGGUGCCGGGACGGGUGUGCUGCGGAUCUUUCACAUCCACGACGAGUAUAAGGCGAACAUCAUCCCGGCGGACAUCGUCAUCAACGCGACGCUCGCCGCGGCCCGGCACACGGCCAACAAUCCCGACGACGAGAACGUGUUCAACUGUACGAUGGACGAAAACUUCACCACGUGGGGUGACAUCCGGAACGACUGCAUGUCGCAGAAGGGGGUGGUGGCGGCCAAAAAGUCGCUCUGGAUCCCGACCUAUAACACGACCCGCUACCAGUACGUGGCCAGCGUGCUGCAGAUCUUCUACCACCUGAUCCCGGCCGUGCUGUUUGACCUGCUGAUGCGCCUCCGGGGCGAUCGGCCCCAGAUACUGCGCCUGUACCGGAAGGUUCACCGAUUCUCGGAUGUGUUGCGCUUCUUCACCAACAACCCGUUUCAGUUCGACACCGGGCGCAUGCGGCAAGUGGUCGACCGGCUGUCGAUCGUCGAUCGGCACCUCUUCCCGUGCGACAUGCGCUCGGUCGUGUGGAGUAAGUUCGGAGUGGAUCACGUGAGAGGCUGCCGGGAGCAUCUGCUGGGCGAGCCGAUGGAAACGAACGAUGAAGCAAUGAAGCUCUACAAACGUCGCCUGAUCAUCCACCGGUGUCUGCUGGGCGUGAUCUACUUGACGUUCGCGAUGGUGGCGCUGAAACUCCUGGCAGCGAUUGGUGUGCCCGAUCUGAGAGUCUUUUUGGGCUGCACCGGACUAGCCUAACGAAGUGUCGUUUUGAAACCACCACAAUAUUGUUGUGAAUAAAUGUA